AAAAACCCAUCCAAAUUCAUAGUCGCCAAUUCAAAUGCGCAUUUGCACCACCAUGUUUUAAAUCCAUAACUUUCGGAUCUCAAUCCAUCAAUCAACAGCCAUGGGAGAAGUAGAUCCAACCUUCAUUCAACAACCAGAACACAGACCUAAACUUGAAGUAAUCGAAGCUCAAGGAAUUCCACAAAUUGACCUCUCACCAUUGCUAACCUCGUCUCCUGCGGACGUUCAUGCAGAUCUUGUGGCUCAGGUCCGUGACGCGUGUGAAAAUUGGGGAUUCUUCCAAGUCUUCAACCACGGAAUCCCGGUGGAGAGCCGUGGAAAGCUGAUAUCGGCGGCGAAGAGGUUCUUCGAUCAGCCGAUGGAGGAGAAGAGGAAGGUGAGGAGAGACGAAGCGCAUCCGUUAGGUUACUACGACACUGAACAUACCAAAAAUGUGAGGGACUGGAAGGAGGUUUUUGAUGUGACGGUGGACGUUCCGACGUUGAUGUGGGCAUCUCAUGAGCCCGACGAUGAACAGAUGACAGAGUAUCUUAACCAAUGGCCUCACCAUCCUCCGGAAUUAAGGGAGGCAUGUGAAGAAUACGUUAAAGAUGUUCAAAAACUGUCAUACAAAUUGUUGGAACUUAUUGCACUUAGCUUGAACCUUCCUGCAAACCGAUUUGAAGCCUUUUUCUCCAAGGGCCAAACUAGUUUCAUUCGACUUAACCACUAUCCACCUUGCCCUGCUCCCGACCUAGCCCUUGGGGUUGGUCGACACAAGGAUGCCAUUGCUUUGACUAUAUUGACUCAAGAUGACGUAGGGGGUUUAGAAGUUAAGCGAAAAACCGAUGGGGAGUGGAUCUUUGUCAAGCCUACACCUAAUACCUUCAUUAUCAAUGUUGGGGACAUGAUUCAGGUAUGGAGUAACGACAAGUAUGAAAGUGUAGAGCAUAGGGUAAUGGUGAAUUCGACCAGAGAAAGGUUUUCGAUCCCAUUUUUCUUGUGCCCUUCAUACUACACUGUGGUGGAGCCGUUGGUAGAGUUGAUUGAUGAACAAAACCCUGCCAAGUAUGAUAGUUACAAUUGGGGCAAAUUCUUUGCAACACGAAAACGUAGUAAUUUUAAGAAACUUGAUGUUGAAAACAUACAGAUUUAUCAUUUCAAAAAAUCAUAUGAGCUAAAAGGGUGAUGAUAAUGUUUCUUGGCUUGAGAAUAUUGUUAUAUAAAUAAAAGAUGUAUUGUCUAUUUUCAUGUAAAGAUAUGAACCUUUAAGGACCCAAAAAUUUGGUAGAUUUGGUGGUGCCCUCUCAUGGAUAAAAUUAUUUGUUUGUAAUAUCUUUUGUUUAUUGUUUGGAGAAAUGGAUUCCAUUUGUUAGUUA